UUCGGUCCUCCGAGUCGGACCGCUGUACUGUUCCACUCGCCUCCGAACGCGGACCGCCGCCGCAGUCGUAAAUUACGCUAGCACGUGGCCCCCAGCCCCGUCCGACGGACACGUACACGACGGUAUAAUAUUGUUGUUAUUGUCGUAUUAUUAUCGUAAUUUAAUCACACUAUUUGUUGUUAUUCGGCCGCGACGCGCGAGUGAUUUUUUUUUUUUUGUUUUUUUUUGUCGUCCGACUUAUUAUAUCACUGCACAUACACUAUUGUCGCGGGUACUCGAAAAUUUUACUACAAUUUUAUUAUUAUUAUUAUUAUUUUAUUUAUUUUUUUUCUUAUUAAUAUACCGAAUUUUCGUUUUCGAGUGCGUUCGAUUUCGUGUUUUUUUUUUUUUCGUCCUAUUCUCUUCUCCGUCGGCACACAGACAUUAUGACGCCGUUUUCGAAUGGCAUGUUGGAGACCUGACGACGUACGAUUUACACAUUUUAUAUACGCUCGUAAAUACGAUAUACACGCAUAUAUAGAUAUAACACGGUUCGUCGGCCCUCCGGUGAGCUUUUCGUACAACAGACGCGGACCGGUCGUCGUCAAAGGUAAACGUCGCAACGAGGCGUGCAUCUGAGCGCGCGCGCGCGACCCGAACCGCUUAGAUGAACAUGAGUUCGUAUCAGUUCAUGAACUGCUACCAGCAGAGCCAGCAGGCCCAACAGCAACAGGGCCGGGCCGUCACAUCGCCGGUCGACCCGCUGCAGACGGGCAACAGCCCGGGUGGCGGCGGUGCCGCUUCCGCCUCGGCCGCCGACUAUUACGGGCAGGCGGCCCAGGGCGGCGGCGGCGGCGUGUACAACGCGGGCCCGGCCGCCGGUUGUUACUCGCCGCAACAGUACGCGUCUCAGUACAUGCAACAGUCGUCGCCGUCCAUGAUCGACUACACGCAACUGCACUCGGUCAAUCACCAGCAACAGCACCAGCAGCACCAGCAGCACCAGAGGCUGCAGGCAGUCGCGGCUGCCGCGGCCGCGGGCGCCCACCUGCAGCACUUGCAGCACCACGGCGGCGGUGGCGGCGUCGGCGGCCUGCCGUCGCCCGGUGGCGGUGGCGCCAUAUCGCCCAUAUCGUCGGCGCUUAACAACAACGUCGUCGGCAUGCCGUCCGCGGCCGGCGGCGGCGUCGUCCAGUGCAAGUACGAAGUGACCGCCUCGGCGUCGGCCACGCCGAACGGCAUCAGCUCUCCACAAGACCUGACCACGUCCGCGGCACCUCCACCGGGGUCCCGGUCACCGCCGCCAGCCGUCGUCAUGAAAUCUGUCCGGUCGUCCGGCGGCCCGGUGGCCGGUUCCUCGCCGGCCACCCAAGGGCCCGUCUCGCAGACGUCCUCGUCGCCCGCCUCGUCCAUAUCGUCCACGUCGUCGAACGGCGGCGGCGGAGGCGGCAACGGCAACGGGCCCGCUUCUUCGGGCGGCAAACAGGGCUCCGGCCAAAACCCGCCGCAGAUCUACCCGUGGAUGAAGAGAGUUCACCUCGGACAGAGUACGGUGAACGCCAACGGCGAGACAAAACGGCAGCGUACGUCGUACACCCGUUACCAGACGCUGGAGCUGGAGAAAGAGUUCCACUUCAACCGGUACCUGACCAGGCGGCGGAGGAUCGAGAUCGCGCACGCGCUGUGCCUGACCGAGCGGCAGAUAAAGAUAUGGUUCCAGAACAGGCGGAUGAAAUGGAAAAAGGAACACAAGAUGGCCAGCAUGAACAUGGUGCCGUACCACUAUCACAUGGCCGCCCAGCCCUACGGCACCCCGUACCCGUUCACGCACCUCACCACCUGAGAUUCGUAUUAUUAAUUUAACGGUUCCGUUUAGGCGGCGGCGUCGUCGUCACCGCCGUCGUCCACAUCGACGGCGGCCACGGCUGCGGCGUCGCUGAACGGCAACGCGCGAUAGGUAAGACAACCGUUAAAUUAAUAAUACAUGCAAACGAUUUCGAAAAAAACUUUGAUUCACAAGACGUGCGAAAACGCGUCACGAAUGUUACACGUCGACGGGUAUGCGUGAAAUUCGCGACUGCGCAUAUCCGGUCGUCAUGUUGUAACAAUAUAAUAUGUGUAUAUACAAAAUGUACAUUAUCGAUUAUGUAUAAAUACGUAAUGAUGUAUUUAUAUAA